GACUCGGAGAAUGCGGCCAUGAUGCGUUUAGACAAGAGUAUGACAAAGAUGAAUAUAAUGGACUUGUUAACGGGUAUAAUACUGUUUAAUUCUGAUAUACCAAAUUUGAAGCAACCAGAUCAAAUCAAGCAUCAAAGGGAGACAUUCAUUGACAUAUCUUAUAUUGGGAUCAACUCUUGUGGCAAUACUUUUGCGGUCAUAUAUCGGGAAGCGAUGGCCGAAUCGGUUGACAAGACAUGUGGUGUUUGUGGCGAUAAAGCCAUCGGGAAUGGCGACAAACAGUUACUCCCUGUUGCUGCAACUGAAAUUCUCGGAAACGUUGCCAUUCAGAAGGAGUCACCGGUGUGUGAGGGCAGAGCCCAGACUGUGAUCAACGUUUAA